GUGAUCUGUGGCCAAGAAGAACCAGGGAAAGGUGCAGAGCAACGUGAACCCAAAACCCAGGCAACAGCUCAAGUGCAGAAGACAAGAGAGCUGCUCUCCCCAAAGCCCCCGUUAACUCCAACCUUACUGCAGAACGCGACCCACCUGGAGCUGGUGAGCAGCUCACGGGAGUUAUGGGAUAUCCUGGAUAACCUCUCCAAGCAGGACCAUGCUCCACACUCCAGAGGACAGAGGGACUUGGGGCCAGCCUCAGGCAAGCUUAAGAAAAUUUUUGGCUGGGGAGAUUUCUAUUCCAAUAUCAAGACAGUGAAGUUGAACCUCUUGAUCACCGGAAAGGUGGUUGAUCACGGCAACGGCACAGUCAACGUCUUCUUCCGACACAACUCUACCGGGCAAGGGAACAUUUCCGUCAGCCUCGUCCCCCCCACCAAGGCAGUGGAGUUUGACCUGGAGCAACAGAUCUUCAUCGAGGCCAAAGAAUCCAAAAUCUUCAACUGCCGCGUGGAGUACGAGAAAGUGGAUCGCGCCAAGAAGACCACGCUCUGCACUUACGACCCAUCUAAGACCUGCUACCACGAGCACACCCAAAGCCACGUCUCCUGGGUCUGCUCGAAGCCCUUCAAAGUCAUCUGCAUCUACAUCACCUUCUACAGCAUAGACUACAGGCUGGUGCAGAAAGUGUGUCCCGACUACAACUACCACAGCGACGUACCCUACUACCCCUCGGGAUGA